AGGCUGCUGCCAGUGGUCAAAGCCUCCAACAAAGCUCUAUUGAAUGUCGAUGAACUGUCAGAGAGAGGCUGUGAAGCUCUGUCCUCAGUCCUCAGCUCCCAGUCCUCUGGCCUGAGAGAGCUGGACCUGAGUAUCAACAACCUGCAGGAUUCAGCACUGAAGCUUCUGUCUGCAGGACUGCAGAGUCUCACUUAUAAACUGAAUACUCUGAGACUGAGUCACUGUAACCUCUCAGAGAGAAACUAUGAAGUUCUGUCCCCAGUUCUCAGCUCCCAGUCCUCUAGUCUGAGAGAGCUGGACCUGAGUAACAAUGACCUGCAGGAUUCAGGAGUGAAGCUUCUGUCUGCUGCAGUGAAGAAUCCACACUGGAAACUGGAAACUCUCAGUCUGUCAGGCUGUCUGAUCACAGAGGAAGGCUGUACUUCUCUGGCCUCAGCUCUGAGCUCCAACCCCUCCCAUCUGAGAGAGCUGGACCUGAGCUACAAUCAUCCAGGAGACUCAGGAAUGAAGCUGCUGUCGGCCGCACUGAAGGAUCCACACUGGAGACUGGACACUCUCAGGGCGGAGCCUGCUGGAGUGCGAUGGCUGAGCCCAGGUCUGAGGAAGUAUUCCUGUUCGUUCCCACAAUGA